AUUAAUGGUGGAUGAAAGCGAAUUGGAAAACGGCACACCAAGUCCACCUGCCUACUCCAAUGAAGCCAUUCUUGACGAUGAUAUUUAUGGAGAGCUUAUUCUUUUAGGAUUCAAUGGUCAGGCUGAAAAUCGUGCCACCUCAAAAAGAUAUCUAACGAAAAAAGUUCUAAGACGACGUGAUUCUGCAAAUGGAAUCAAGAAAUGUACAGUACAUAAUGUAUCAACUUCAGAUACCAAACUAACCAAGGACAAAGCACGGCACACAGUUUCAUUUCACAGCGACUCUAACAAAUCAGUAGUUAUUGAGUAUGCAGCAGAUCCGUCCAAAGACAUGUUUCAGAUUGGUCGAGCAUCAGAUGAUCAGAUUGAUUUCACUGUAAUUGACACGUGGAUGUUUCUACCAGAGCAUUCCGACGCCGCUGUACCAGCUCGCCCACAAAUCGACGUACUCGAAAAGGGAGAUCGAACAUCGACUAUCAGUAGAUUUGCGUGUCGUAUUCUGAUUGAUCGAGAAAAUUCAAAUAAAGCAUAUUUAUACGCGGCAGGAUUCGAUGCACACCAAAAUAUUUCAAUUAAUAAAAAAUCCUUGAAAUGGACAAAAUCAAACGGAGAAGUUGAUGGUCUCACAACAAACGGAGUUCUUCUUCUUCACCCAAAUAAAGAUGAUCUUUUGGAUGAUACAGUUGACAAACCAAUGUACAAAUGGCGUGAAGUAUCGAUUAAUGGAGAUGUCUAUGAGCCACGUGUUACUAGAAGUAGUUCGGCAAAAGGAGUAUUUGUGCCAGAGUGGACAAAUAUGCUUCAAGAUGGAACUUUAAUUGAUCUUUGUGGAGCAACUAUUUUAUGGAGAACGGCUGAUGGAUUGGAGAGAUCUCCAAAAAUGAGAGAGCUCGAGAUGGCAUUAGAUCGGUUGAAUGCUGGAAGACCACAAUGUCCAGUUAACUUGAAUACUCUUGUGAUUCCGAAGAAAAGGAAUGGACGGCAAAUUAAUAGGAGACAACCAUAUGUGUAUCUCCAAUGCGGACAUGUUCAAGGAAGACACGAAUGGGGAGUUCAAGAGAAUAGUGGUCAACGAUCAGGAAAAUGUCCGAUUUGUCUUGUGGAAUCAGAGAGAAUUGUGCAGUUAUCAAUGGGAAUGGAACCAUCAUUUCAUCUCGAUUCUGGUGUACUAGAUCACACUUUUAAUCCAUGUGGACACAUGGCAAGCAAGCAAACUGUCUUAUACUGGUCCCGCAUCCCUCUACCUCAAGGAACUUGCCGUUACGACCCAGUUUGUCCAUUCUGCUACCAACUUUUGGCAACGGAACGUCCAUUCGUUCGUCUCAUUUUUCAAGAUAAUUGCUUUGACGACGAUACGAUUCGAUUUUCAAACGAAGCUUGAACAAUUUUAUAUAUAUGCAAAUUUCUGUCUCUGUCUCAUCAUCAUCUUUUUUCUGAAUCAUAAUCACUUCUGUUUCUCAUCAUAACCACGCACACACCCCCACCACCUUUCAAAACCGGUCUCUAUCUCUGCUGAAAGCCGAAAAUCUGGAAAUUUUUCUCUGAAAUUUGUGUUCAUCAACUUGCAACUAAUCAACCUGUCAUCGAAUAUCACCUUUCGCCAACAUUUUCAAUCAUUUUUUGUUGUUGUAAAUCCCUGAAUUUCACCCACACAAUAUAAUUGUGUAUUUUCUACUAACGUCAAAGCUUUAUUUUUUAUAAGAACAGUUGAAAAAUUAAUCGGAAACUCUUUAUGUUUUCAGAAAUUCCAAAAUUUCCAAUAAAAUCAGUUGAA